CACUGCGGUCUGCGCUGCCACGACAUUUGCCGUGUCUGUCACUGCUGCAUCGCCUGCCACGGACUUCAAGUGAUGAAUUGGACUACUUGAUGGACUCAGCAAACUCCAGACGUCGUCGACCACUGCCAUGAGACUCUCUUCAUCGAGUGAUACACGUGGACAGGACAUCACUACUCUUCUCCGAUAAUGACCAAGCCGCUAGUAAUACUAGUCAUGAGUCACGACUCAGCUACGAGAAACUCGCUCCAGUAGGCCCUUUAGCUUUAGUUUUCGCUGCGUAGGCGACUCCCAAAACAAGGAUUACCCCAUGAUAUCCUUGCCAUCAUCACGGUACUACAGAGUGAGAUCCAUAGUGGUCUCACUUCAGCUUUUUUUUUUUCUAUCAGAGACCGAGGUGGACAGGAUGGAGCUUAUCGACACCGUGGAUUUGUUCCUGAAGGACAUGGACGAACUUGACAGACAACAGAAUGCGCCAGAUCGCACUGCCAACGUGGCAAGACGUCCUCGGACCCCGAGACUCUCCAAGAAGAUUCCCUCGUGGCUCCGAUCCAAACGCGAGUUAGAAGCUCUUCGACAAGAGAGAGAAGAGCUGGAAACUCGAGUUGUUUUUCUCCAGCUCCAGCAGGUGAAAAGGACGCGCCAGCUCGGGAUCUCGAGAAAGCGCCUUGACCAGCUCCACAAGACCAAACUACGGGCCGAUAACGAGCAGCAACGACGCCACGCGGCUCAGCAGGAAAAUGAAAAUCUGAAAAAGCAUUUGAAGAAUUGUCUCCAGGUCUCGAGGGCAUUUCAAGUGGCUCUAGCGACGGGAAUCAGAAGAGAACAAAGCAAACUAAACGUCGUGGCGCCUGCCAGCGUAAUUUGCGCUGAAUUAAACGCAAGGACACUACCGCAGUUGCAGAUCAGCAGCCCCAGCACUUUUAAUUCACUGGAAGACAGAGUUAACGAGCGCUUCGAAGGCUUUCAAUCGAUUCUGGACGAAAUCCGCCAUACUGCGAUACCAAUGGAUAGUGAUCACGUUCAAAGCGAAGCAGGAAAUACGUUAGAGUACAAAUGCACACGAGUAUGGCCCUUUGAUGAGCGUGCGACAUCGAGCGCUGCGUGGACAAUAGUCGAAGAGGGAGGAGCUACACAAAAGCAAGCGUCCAAUGUAACGAAGCUGUCGAGAGACGUGCAUGCCGUGGAUACUCGCUUUGCGUUGCCACUACACGAACACGAAAUCGCGACUGUGGACAUCCAUGGUGUUGCCAAGAGAUUUAUUUUACCCGAUGGGUGUGUGAUACUAGCAGAGGCAACUUCAGAGUGGACAGUUCGCCGUGACUCGUCGAUUGUAUGGAGUAACGAGUCUCGAGAGUCGAUCUGGUGUGUGAUCCGUAGAUUUUCUCUUAGCUGUCAUGAAGCUGGUUGCCAAGUGAAUGCUGUUGCACGCAGCGAAGCCGUUCCAAAGCACACGAUUAGCAAUACGUUAAGUGCUUCGUCGGGCUUCACACAGGACGCUACUAUGGCUACGUUUCGUCAGCUCAUCGAAUCACAGCGCCAGUGUUGGGAAAACAGAUUGUGGGAUUCGAUACGCACGGCUAAUACGUGA